AUGCAGCUGUGUUUGUCUGAUCUGUUUAAGAUUGAAAAACAUGACAACUGUGCCUAUGACUACCUAGAGGUUCGAGAUGGAAACAGUGAUAAUAGCCCUGUGAUAGGUCGUUUCUGUGGUUAUGAUAAACCUGAAGACAUAAGAUCUACCUCCAAUACCUUGUGGAUGAAAUUCGUUUCUGACAGAACUGUGAAUAAGGCAGGGUUUGCUGCUAACUUUUUCAAAGAGGAGGACGAGUGUGCCAAACCUGACCGAGGAGGCUGUGAGCAGCGCUGUCUGAACACUCUGGGCAGCUACCAGUGUGCCUGCGAGCCUGGCUACGAACUGGGGCCUGACCGGAGAAGCUGCGAGGUGGCUUGUGGAGGACUUCUAUCCAAGCUCAAUGGCACUAUCACUACCCCUGGCUGGCCUAAAGAGUACCCUCCCAACAAAAAUUGUGUGUGGCAAGUGGUUGCACCAACUCAAUACAGAAUUUCUAUGAAGUUUGAGUUUUUUGAAUUAGAAGGGAAUGAAGUAAGUGAACCAUACAUACCAUGCAUUUGAAUCAUACUUUGGGAAUUACUAAGGCAA